AUAAAACUCCCCAUGUGCCGCGAGCCAGAGUCAGAAAGCAAAAGGAGCUCUGAGACUCAGCGUGCAAACAGGAAAACUCAAUUCUCUCAAGUACUGCCACUGAAAGCGCCGGACGAUGUGUAAAGGAUUAGCAGCUUUACCCCAAAGCUGCAUCGAAAGGGCAAAGGAGAUAAAGUCAAAAUUGGGAGUUUUACUGCAGAAGCCGGAUAAUGGCAUCGACCUCAUCAUCGCGUACCCGGAGAAGACUGAGAAGAAGCCGGAGAAGCUGCAGAAGCCGACUCCUGAUGAAGCUGCUCAGUGGCGUGAGGGUCUGGACCGAGUCCUGAACAACAACUACGGCCUGUCUGCGUUUCGCAGCUUCCUGCAGUCCGAGUUCAGCGACGAGAACAUUGAGUUCUGGACGGCCUGCGAGGACUACAAGAAGACCAAGAACCCGGUGAAGAUGGCCACCAAGGCCAAGAAGAUCUACGAGGAGUUCAUUCAGUCUGAGGGGCCCAGAGAGGUGAACAUUGACCACUUCACCAAGGACGUGACCCUCAGGAACCUGGUGGACGUCUCCCCUGAGACCUUCGACUUGGCCCAGAAGCGGAUCUACGCCCUGAUGGAGAAAGACUCCUUUGGCCGCUUCCUUCGGUCCGACCAGUACCAGGAGCUCCUGGUCAACUAAUCUGGAGAAAUAGCCUGAGAAUUCGAGGUGGGAGGGUGAGGUUCACUUUCAAACAGCAUUUCAUACAUGUAAAGUUUUUAGAAACACUUCAGAAAUUUUGCUCUAUUUGAAUUUUUACUAAACUAAACGGAAGAUUUGUGUUGCAAAAGAUUGUUCAAAAUUUAAACAGGAGAGAAUUUCAACUCAAUAUUCUGCUUCAAACGUAGCUAAAAUGGAAGAGCUGCCUUUUGAAUCAGCCCCGCCCUCCCACCGAGCGCACACAGACACAGGACCUUCAGCUGACACUCCCCCAUCAGUUUAAAGAGGCGCCCUUCAUCCUGGAAUGAAAUCGGAAACCAGAUCCGUAUUUACAGUGUAGACCUCGCUGUAAACGGUCAUGAAAUGUUCCUGGAAAACGUCACCUGUCCCACGCCAGUCUGGUGCACACAAGGCCCAACAUAGUGUUGAGUCAGAUGACGUUCUGAGGAAGACCAGUAAAAGCAACGGGAUUUGUUGUUUUAGCUGAGAUGGAGACAGGCGUCAGAUUUGUGAAAUUCAAAGCACCCUAGGUUCAAUCCUUGAAGACAAAUCAAACCCAACCAGCUUCAAACACACAAAAACUACAGUGAAUCUGCGGUUUUGGUCAAACAAACAGCUUGACCCCAAAUCUUUUACCGUAAAGGCACAGAAAUGAAUCACAACCCCGGCUCAAACUAUUCCCCCGUGAUGCAAACAUACAAACUCUAUUUAAACAGUCAUCACACUGCUCUGGUUUUCCCAGGAACACUCGGAGACAUUAAUGUCUUAGUCACACUGUCUAAAAGACAAAAACAGCUGGAGUCUAAACAGUGUGACUUUUUUAGAGGUUCUUCUUUUAGGAAGAGCUCCACACUUUUCAUUUUACCACAAGAACCUACAGUAAUUCAUAACUCUUACUGUAUAUAGCACCAAUGCAUGACUAACGAUUUUCACGCAGCUCUUCUUUAGCUUUUCCCCCACUAAUCGGCAGUAAGUGGGUUUUCACCUAAGAGACGAGAGCCGUUACGGAGCAGUGCUGGCGGUGGGCGCAGUGGCCACGCUCCCUGGCUGCCACUAAACCGCAAGUUGCUAAGAUGGGAACAUUCAGUAGGAGGGAGUCUCAGAAAAAGAGGUGAACAGAGCGGCGGAUUCAUUUAAGGAAGGUCUUUUCCCAUGUGCCAAUAGCAGAGCUUCAUAUACAGUGGUCAAAAACUGGGUUUUAGACACUGGAUGCCAGAAACAACGUGGGAUCAGGACCUGCAGGUUUCCAGCACUACGUAAACGCCUGACUGAAUAACAAGCAGCGCAUCACAUUAAAAGUCCUACAUCUAUGUUGACACUCGUCACCUACAGAACACUGGCUUUGCUUUCAGACAUUUAUUCAACCAACUUUUAAGAUACUUUCCAUCAUAUUUAUCAUUCUACACCUGCAGCUCUGCAUCAUUAUUAGCAACUGGGACACACAACUUAUUAAAAUACUAGUAUUCAUGCAGCAGGGACAGACUGAUGGUGAAGGAGUUGGUGUUGGUGUGCGAUGUUAAAGUCUAACUAUAUGUUUAGCUGAAUGUAUCACGAUGUGUGACUCAUAUUUACCCUGUCCUGUAUUUUUACAUAAAAAGCAUAUGUGUGUUAACCAACGUAAAACGGCAUUUAGACGUUCAGCCUGCUACAGUCCUUAUUGUUAUAACUACAUCUAGAGGUUGGUUAGUUAGUUAACUCCAGAAUUUUUCACUUCAAAAUGUAUAAUUAGAAUAAGCAAAACUAAAUGACAAACAUUAGCCUAAGUCUGCUAUGACACAGAUUAGCCAGUCUGGAGUUGUAUGCGAACUCGUAGGGAAACAAUAAGGACCUAGCGAUGCUGAAUACGCAUGUUUGAUGUAGCCUUGCAUGUCUGUUCUGGAGGAACCCACAUAAAAUAUAUAUAUGCAUAAGAAUUCUGAUUUAUUUAUUUUCCAGUGUAAAUAUUUCCCAUUCACACAUAAAUGUGCCUAAGUUAUUCAGUGAUCCUUUGCACGCAGCGCUAGGACGCUGUUAUAAAAGAGAAAACAUCCAAA